AUGCCAUUUGCUCUCGGGCAUCACCCACCAUCACGGCCUCUCACUCCCUCACCACCCAAAAAUCAACCUGCCCGUCUACCAUACAACCCAAAUCCAAUCUCUCGUGAACAUAGGUCGUCUAUUGGAGGUCCCCUCAAUUUCAACAUGACUUCAAGUGCUUUUGUAUCCAACACCCCUACCACCCAGCUUGCCUGGCAAGCGUCUCUCAACACCACAUUCAAUGAGAUGACCCCAGAGCAAAAGUUCUUCAGAAAGACAUCCAUCAUUGCUACCAUUGGUCCUAAAACGAACAAUGUAGAUACCCUCGUCAAGCUCGCUGAUGCUGGUAUGAACAUUGUCCGAAUGAACUUCUCCCACGGUUCAUACGAAUACCACCAAUCGGUCAUUGACAACGCCCGAGCUGCCGCUGCCAAGAGCCCCAACGGUCGACCAUUGGCUAUCGCUCUCGACACCAAAGGUCCAGAGAUCAGAACUGGUUUGAUGAAGGAUGACACCGAUGUCCCUAUCGACGCUGGUCACGAAUUCUGGGUUACCACGGAUAAAUCCUUCGCUGAGUCCGGUUCCGCCGAGCAAAUAUACAUGGACUACACCAACCUUCCUAAAGUAACUGCUCCCGGUAAACUCAUAUAUGUUGAUGAUGGUAUCCUCUCCCUCCAAGUCGUCUCGAUCGACGGCGAGAAGAUCCGAGUCAAGUCCCUCAACUCCGGUACCCUCUCAUCUCGAAAGGGUGUCAACCUCCCCAAGACCGCUGUGGACUUACCCGCUCUUUCAGAAAAGGACAAAUCAGAUUUGGCUUUCGGUGUCAAGAACGGUGUAGACAUGAUCUUCGCUUCUUUCAUCCGAUCCGGCAAUGAUGUCAAAGAGAUCAGAAAGGUCCUCGGUACUGAAGGUGCUAACAUCAAGAUCAUCGUCAAGAUCGAGAACGAACAAGGUGUUACCAACUUUGACGAGAUCUUGAAGGAAACCGAUGGUGUCAUGGUCGCUAGAGGUGAUUUGGGUAUUGAGAUUCCAGCAAGUCAAGUCUUCAUGGCUCAGAAGAUGAUGAUUGCCAAAUGUAACGUUGCUGGUAAACCUGUUAUCUGUGCUACUCAGAUGCUCGAGUCUAUGACCUACAACCCUCGACCUACUCGAGCCGAGGUGUCAGAUGUUGCCAACGCUGUCAUGGAUGGUGCCGAUUGUGUCAUGCUUUCAGGUGAAACUGCCAAGGGUAAAUACCCUAUCGAAGCCGUCAAGAUGAUGGCCGAGACUGCUUACCUCGCUGAGAGAGCUAUCGCCUACCCACACUUAUUCGACCAACUCCGAAGUCUUACCCCUCGACCUACCGAAACUGCCGAGACUCUUGCUCUGUCCGCCGUCGCUGCUGCCAUUGAGCAAGACGCUGGAGCCAUUAUCGUCUUAUCGACCAGUGGUGUUUCCGCUAGACUUCUCUCCAAGUACAGACCUGAAUGCCCAAUUAUCUGUGUUACUCGAAACCAACAAACCGCCCGACAACUCCACUUGUCUCGAGGAGUGUACCCUGUAUGGUACCCCGAGCCUCGAGGUAUCCCUGGUGACAAAUGGCAAAUCGACGUUGACAACCGUAUCAGGUAUGGUCUCCGAGUUGCCCUUCAACUUGCUAUCGUCAAGCCAGAGGCUACUGUUAUGGCUGUCCAAGGAUGGAAAGGUGGUCUCGGUCACACCAAUACCCUCCGAAUCCUCAGCGUUCCCGCUGAUCCCGCAGACCUCGACCUCCACUCCAUCGAACGAGAAGAUUAA